AUGGACGACGCGACCAACAACAGCUUGGCUCUAACAGACUACUUCCUGGCCGGUGACGCUCUGGACUACGAGAUCCCCCCGGACGAGAUCCCGGACACCACGCGGGGCCGCGCCUUCUUCGUGGCCACCAUCGUCAUCACGGUGGUCCUGGUGGGCAUCAUGCUGGUGUGCGGGGUGGGGAACUGCCUGUUCAUCGCCAGCCUCGCCCGCUACAAGCAGCUGCGCAACCUGACCAACCUGCUGAUCGCCAACCUGGCCGUGUCCGACGUGCUGGUGGCGACGGUGUGCUGUCCCUUCCUGCUGGACUACUACGUGGUGAAGCAGCUGUCGUGGGAUCACGGCCUGCUGCUCUGCGCCUCCACCAACUACCUGCGCACCGUCUCCCUCUACGUGUCCACCAACGUGCUGCUGGCCAUCGCUGUGGACAG